AUGCCCUCGGUGCCGGGUGGUGCAACCCACAAGGGCAUAUGCUUCGUGUCCUUCGCCGACCCGCAGUCGGUUCAGGCCUGCCUGGCGCACCAGCCGCACGAGGUCAACGGGUGCCACGUGGUCGUCGACGUGGCGGCGCCCCGCGGCGCCCCGCAGCAACAGCGCGGCAUGAUGCCCAUGCAGCAGGCGCCGCAGCUGCAGUACGCGCAGCAGCCAGCGCGGCAGGCGCAGUACGUGCAGCAGCCGGUGCCGCAGGUGCGCUACGUGCAGCAGCCGGCGCACCACUUCAAGGGGGGGCAGGCGCCGCAGCCGCGGGGAGGCGCCUAUGCAGGCGGUGCCCCGCAGCAGGUGAUGGUCCAGCAGCCGAUGGGCCAGGGCGUUCCCGCGGCUGGCGCCGUGGUGCCCGGGCGGCUGUUCUUGACGAGGGUUCCCUUGGACGUCACCACGGCCGACCUCCAGGCGUAUUUCGAGCAGUACGGCCAGCUGCAGGACGUGUUUAUCCCCAACGGCGGCAAGGGCAUCGCCUUCGUGAGCUUCGCCGACCACAACAAGGCGAUGGAGGUGCUGCAGACGAGGCAACACAUCGUCAAGGAGGGUCAGUCUGAACCGCUGAACGUCGAGCAGGCGCGGGACCGGCCGUCGCAGCCGGCCUUCGGGAAGGGCGGCUCGGGCGCCCCGAAAGGACCCCAGCAGUACCGGCCGUUCUGA